AGAGUGGGGCGGGCACAAACUUAUUAAUAUUGGUCGCUAAUGUGACGCGGGAGCACGAUAGUUAGCGCACCACACCUCACACACACACACUUCCCCGCUUGGACGUUAGGUAUUCUUGGUUUCGACACAACAUAGCGACGUAGCGUAACCCUUUCUCUCUUUCAUCGUUCGCCGGAGUCUUAGCUCCUCCACCCUCGCCGGCAUGGAUGUGCCGAAACACCGCUCCACUCGAACUACGUCUCUCAGAGACGCCUCCGACUCCUCCAAAAUGGAAGGCACCGGUAGCUGGGACGCUAUCGAAUGGACCAAGAUUGAGCCAAUUCCGCGCUUCGUCUCGCACGCGAAUCUCGAUUUCUUGCUCGAGUCGGAGCAAGUUGCAGCCGAAGGACAUGGUGUUGUUCUUGUUAAUACAGAUGAUGCAGGCACACUGAUGGUAACAAAUUUUCGUCUUAUUUUUUUGAGUGAGGGAACUAGAAAAGUUAUUGCCCUCGGAACAAUACCACUAGCAACCAUUGAGAAGUAUAACAAGAUAGCUGUAAAGGUCCAGUCAAAUACUCGCAAUGUUGACAAAACACCAACACAGAGACUGCUCCAGGUGAUUGGAAAAGAUAUGAGAAUUUUAGUCUUCAGUUUCAGGCCACGCACAAAACAGAGACGUGUGGUAUUUGAUGCACUACAUAGGUGUACAAAGCCAUCAAGACUAUGGGAUCUUUAUGCUUUUGCAGCAGGACCUUCUAGGUUUCAGAACACUUCUCCACUGGUUCGCUUAUUGGAUGAAUAUUUUCGGCUUCUUUGCCUAGAUUCUUAUCGUGCAUCAAUCGAUAUAAUUGAAAAUGGGUCCUUCACCUUGUCAAAUGACCUAUGGAGAAUAAGUGGCGUGAAUGCCAAUUAUGCAAUGUGCCAGAGUUAUCCAUUUGCUUUGGUCGUUCCAAAAAUCAUUAGUGACGAUGAAGUGCUCCAGGCUUGCAGCUUCCGGGCAAGAUGUCGACUACCUGUAGUUUCAUGGUGUCAUCCUUUGACUGGAGCAGUUGUUGCACGAUCUUCUCAACCCUUAGUUGGUCUUAUGAUGAAUAUGAGGAGCAAUCUGGAUGAAAAACUUGUGGCUGCCCUUUGCAGCAAACUAGAGAAUGGCUCGAGAAGAAAGCUAUAUAUUGCUGAUGCUCGGCCAAGGAAAAAUGCAUUGGCUAAUGGAGCCAUGGGAGGUGGUUCAGAAUCAUCAUCAAACUAUUUUCAAUCUGAGGUAGUCUUUUUGGGGAUAGAUAACAUCCAUGCUAUGAGAGAGAGCUUUGUUCGGCUCCGAGAAUACAUGGACACUCAUGGCAAAGCGUCAUCAGAUGGAAUGUCCUCUUUUUUGAGACAAGGUGGGUCAACGUGGGGUGGUGGCAAUUUAAGUAGCAUGUCUGCUUCAGUAUCAACGCUUGGGGACAGUGGAUGGUUGCUGCAUGUUCAAAGUGUGUUGGCUGGUGCAGCUUGGAUUGCUGCUCGUGUUGCAAUGGAACAUGCCUCAGUUCUUGUACAUUGCAGUGAUGGGUGGGAUAGGACAAGCCAAUUGGUUUCACUUGCUAAUUUGUUGCUUGAUCCAUAUUAUCGGACAUUCACAGGGUUUCAGGCACUCGUUGAAAAAGACUGGCUUGCUUUUGGUCAUCCAUUUUCUGAUAGGGUGGGAAUGCCAUCUGUCUCUGGGACUGGUAACAUGCCUUUUGAGUUAUCUAGACAAUCUUCAGCUGGUAGUUUCCCAGCAUCACCCAUGCGCCAGUCAUCAGGAACAUUCUCAUCACAAACUCAAGCUUCAUCUCACUCAAAUAACUCCAACAACUAUUCUCCCAUUUUUUUGCAGUGGGUUGAUUGUGUUUCACAAUUAAUGCGGAUGUAUCCUUUUGCUUUUGAGUUUUCUGCGGCUUUCCUGGUGGACUUUGUAGACUGCAUGAUUUCUUGUCGUUUUGGAAACUUCUUAUGUAACAGUGAGAAGGAAAGGAAGCUAUGCAAUGUUUAUGAGGCAUGUGGAUGUCUGUGGUUAUACUUGGCUGAUUUGCGGACAUCAGAAGGAGGUUCCCAUGUGCAUUACAAUCCCUUUUAUGAUUCACUGAAGCAUAAUGGUCCUCUUCUGCCCCCAGCAGCAGCCUUAGCCCCUACAUUGUGGCCCCAAUUUCACCUUCGUUGGGCCUGCCCAGAAGAAGCACAAUCUGGGGAGAUUGAAGCAAAAUGCAGGAAGAUAGUUAUGAAAUACUCUGAGAUGCAAAAGGCUAAAGAAAUGGCAGAAAGGAAAGCUAAAGAAGUUACAAAUUCGAUGGAGUCAUUGAAUGUAGAAUUACGGCGUGAGAAGCAGAUAAACAGCUCAGCUAUGAACAUGGCCAAGAGUGCAAGCAAAGAAAAUAUGGCCAUAAAGCGUGCAAUUCAGUCAAUGGGGUGCAAGGUUCAUGUCUCUAGUAGUGGUGAAUGCACUGUUGACAUCGAAAGCAACCCAGACAUUCUGUGUUGUUCCUAUAGGAAAGAAUCAAAUAGUAACGUGCGAGAUGAGAAAAAGGACGUGUCUGUUUCGGUAGUGGUUACUGCCGAUGAUGAUGAUAGAUGUAAUAAUGCAAUUGGUCGGGUAUGUGAAUAUUUGUGCCCAUUUCGCUCUGGAGAUGGAGGCUGCAGAUGGCCAAAUGGUGAUUGCGCUCAAUUUGGUAGCCAGUAUGUUGGUCUGAAGGCAAAUUUUGAUGCAUUUGACCAAAUGUCAAUUAAUGAUAGUUAUUUCAAGUCUGAGUGAACAGGGAAUUUUGGUUUCUUUUUGCAAUGAGAAUAGUUGUUAAUUCUUUGGAUCAAAAAUUGCACCCAGUCAUUUUUAUUGGGUCUCGGGAAUUGUACAGGCUAUAAGAGUUGGCUGGAGAUCAUUUUGGUGUAGAUGCAUUCAUCAUCUUGGUCCACAUCGUUAUAUGCUGUGUAUAAUUGUAAAUUUGGGGACAAUUAUAGUUCCCUGAUUACAUCAUAAUUGUUCUUGAAUAAGAUCAAUUUUGUACAGAUGAUCAAGUGUUUUCUACUUUACAUUUUGAGGGAUCAAUGUAUAUAGCAAGAAUACUUAACGAAGCGAUAUUACUGAGUUCAACAUUUGUUGAAGGAGACCUGAAAUAUUUUGUAUUUCUUUGUGCCAGUUAA